CUUUAAUUUAAAAUGGCGCCUAAUCUGUUGCAGACGCUAAGAGUAUUGUGAAUUAGCUCAGAGACAGAAGAGUUGCUGAAGAUGAACUUCCGAGGCAUCCCUGGGGCUGGAAAUUUUCAUGGUAGAAGAGGUGUGCCGGGCCGACAAGACAUCCUAAUGGAUUCUCACUUGAUGGGACAAGAAGCCUUUCAUGAACCCCGCCAAGGAGUUUCAUCCAUGUUUCCUGAACCUAUUCCACCUGAAAUGGAUUACCGGACUGUGCACAGAGUUCUAGACUGUCUAAGUCACUAUUCAGUGUCUUCAGUUUGCUUUGACAGAGAGGAACUUCUUUGGACAGGAACACAUAGAGGUCAUGUCUCUUCAUACUAUGGAAUGGACUUUCACAAGCACACAGCAUUUCAAGUCUCUCCAGCUGACAUAGCGGAGCCAGAGGUGCGUCAGAUCCUUACUAUUGAUUCAGGGGUUUUGUCCUUGACAAGUACCAAUCUGAGGUUGACUCUGCGCCGUGGUCUGCCGGUGUACAAUUUCAGUGAUAAUGACAUGCAGCAGAUGCAGUGUAUGAUUGAGAUUGGUCCAGACUCAAUUCGUCUUGGAGGUCAUCAUAAUAAGGUUAUUGAAUUUAACACCCGAAAAGGUCAAGUUGUCAGUAAGUUUGAAGUGGACAAUGCUGGAUGUGCUAUCUUCCGACAAGCUGGAAAAUAUCUGUGUGCUGGAGAUGCUGCAGGCAAGGUUACUCUGUAUGAUGUCAGCACUAUGCACAAGGAGCAUGUGUUGGAUGCUCACAGCAGCAUGUUGUCAGACUUUGACAUACAGGGGCACCUUCUUGUCACUUGUGGUUUCUCAAGAAGAAUGAAUAACCUUGUGGCUGAUCGCCUGUUGAUGGUAUACGACAUGAGAGUAAUGCGAGCCAUGGCACCAAUUCAAGUCUCCAUUGAUCCUACAUUCCUGCGAUUUGUACCUACUCUUUCCAAUCAUCUCAUUGUGGUUUCACAGAUGGGGAGUUUUCAGCUUACAGAAACCACUGCCAUGACACCAUCUAUGAUGAUUUUCCCUAUUGACACUCAUGGUGCAGGUAUCAGCAGUUUUGACAUCUCAGAGACUUGCCAGGCUCUGGCCUUUGGAGAUACAGCAGGAUAUGUGCACUUGUUUGCCAACAAUGAACAUGCUGUGUUCAACAGUUACGAUCGACCAACAGAGUUUGCCGUUCCUUUUGAACCACCUCUUCGAGGAAUUCACAUAACUGAUGACCUGGCUUCAUUGUCCACAGUUCCCAUGAUCUACCCUGUUAAUGAACCACUUCUUUCAGACUGGCCAUCUAGCAUGACGGCCAAAAUAUAUAGAAAGCCAAAGCCUAUUGAUCCUGAUAUUCUUCGCUCCAUGAAAGUUGUUCACAAUGUUCAUUGUGUUCCCAAUCCUGGAAAGACACGCCGAAAUCAGGUGCCCUACAAACUGGGUAAGGAAAAUACAUCCAACAGGACAGCCAGCAUUCCAGAAUCUCCUAUUGGGCGAGGUGAAGAUCCAUUUGUAACAGUUCCCAAACAUUAUCAGCGCAUGUUAAUGCGCUAUACUAAGCUUGAUGACUUUGACUUCAGGCAUUACAACAAAACCAAUUAUGCCGGGUUGAUAGCCGAGCAAGCAAAUUCCUACUGUAAUGGUAUGCUACAGACAUUGUAUUUCAUUGAGCCACUGAGAGCAACACUGUUGAGUCACAUAUGUCAGCGGGAGUUCUGCCUAGCAUGUGAGUUGGGUUUCCUGUUCCACAUGCUGGACACAAAAAAGGGGGAAGCAUGCCAGGCAAAAAACUUUUUGAGAGCUUUUCGCACAAUACCAGAGGCAUCUGCUUUGAGUCUGGUAUUAACAGAGACAGAGGAGGCCAAUGGUCAGGCCAAUAUUCCUCGCCUUAUUCCCAGCUGGCAUCGCUUUGUCCUGCAUCAGAUUCAUUCGGAAACCUGCCAGCAAGCAGAUGUGACAACAGAUGCAAGUGAAGCAGGUAGAAACAAAGAAGCUACAGCAACAGAAACUGUCCCCGAGAAAAAGCAAGAGAGCAGUGCUAGCAAAGCCAAGAAAAAGAAGAAGAAAAACAAGAAGAAGGAAGACAACAAAGUAGAGUCUGUGGAUCCUGGAGAGGAAGGUGCAGUGAGGGAGGACAGUGCAAGGGCAGUGGAGGACCAGCAAGAUGAACCGGUGAAAUCAGAGGAGGUGUCCUUGGUUCUCGAGCUUUUUGCAAUAAAAUUCAAGUCAUCAUUUCAAUGCCGAUGUGGAGUGGAAACAUGGCGUGACAUGCAGACCAUGCUUAUCACUCUCAACUACCCAUCUCCAGCAGCUUCAGGAAAUGCAAUACAGCAGAUGACCUUUGCAGAAGUGCUACAUCAUAGCCUGACAGGACAGAGUACGAUGCAGACAUGGUGCAAUGAGUGUGAUCGCUACCAACAGCACAUACAGAGAAGAAGGGUUACUUCUCUGCCAGACAUCCUAGCCAUAGAUUGUCAUCUGGAGAAUGAGAAGGAGCUUAACUUUUGGAAAGCACAACUACAGAUUUUAAAGAGCCAAGAUGAAGAAGCAGGGGACUCUGAAAGUCUUAAGUCAAUCUCAAGACCCAGAACAAAGUGUCGUUAUGGAGCUGCCUGCAGAAGGAAAGAUUGUCGCUACUGGCACGGGGGAGACAGGAACAAUGAUCGCCAGGCUGAUAGCUUUGGAGGACAAUAUGGUCCCAGCUGGAUUCCCAUGGGACUACAAAUUAAGCUUCAGGAGGAUGGAGAUGUUUCCAUUCAGGAAAUUUCUGAUGAGGAACCACUGCCUGAAGAUGAGAAUAGACGGAAGGAGAUAUACGAAGUAUAUGCUGUGGUAUAUUGCAUCCAUCAGCAAGAUACAGGUCGCCAUCUGGUUACCAGUGUUAAAGUGGGUGAACCAUACCAUCAGCGUAAAGAAGGUGUCACUUGUCAUCAGUGGUAUCUCUUCAAUGAUUUCAGCAUUACUCCCAUUGAAAAGCCUGAGAAUGUGGCUGUAGACCUUGCCUGGAGAUUGCCUUGCAUUGUUUAUUUCUCACGCCGUACAAUCUUGCAGCAUCAUGAUACAACAGUACGUAGCUGGUGCAAGCCUGACAUUUUGUACAAUGACCCAGCAUUGAUAAAUCCCAAGAGACGAAAGAUUACAUUCCUACCACUACAGCAUGAUGAGGUGCUUGUUAAGGGAGAUCUGGUUGGUCUGGAUGCCGAGUUUAUUUCUCUCAAGGAGGAGGAAGCAGAGCUGCGUAGUGAUGGCACAAAGUCUACAAUAAGGCCAUCACAUAACAGCCCUGGACGGAUCACAUGCAUUCGAGGACAAGGUGAACAUGUUGGAGAACCAUUUAUUGAUGACUACAUUCUUACCCCAGAACAUGUGACAGACUAUCUGACUGAAUUUUCUGGCAUUGAGCCGAGUGAGUUAGAUCCGAGUACAUCUACCAAGCAUUUGACCACGUUGAAGUCUUCCUACCAAAAAUUGAGGUGUCUGCUUAACAUUGGUGUGGUCUUUGUUGGUCAUGGGCUUAAGAAGGAUUUCAAAGUCAUCAAUCUCCAAGUACCCAAAGAACAAAACAUUGAUACUGUGCAGCUAUUUCAUCUUCCUCGUCAGCGUUUUGUCUCCCUGAGAUUUCUUGCUUGGUACUUCCUGGAUAAGAACAUCCAGUCCGGAGGCCAUGACUCCGCUGAAGAUGCCCGCACAGCGCUGCAGCUAUACCGCAGGUAUCGUGAACUUGAGACUGAGGGACCAGAACAACUUCAUGCAGCCAUCAAAGAUUUGUAUGAGACAGGCCGCAAGAUGUCAUGGAAGAUUCCAGAUUCAGAACUUGUUGAUCCAGAUACCUGGAAAGGACCUGACCCUGAUGCAGGCGAUUCUGCUAGCCCUUGGCCUGCUCCGGAUUCUGAGGAUGACUUGUUGGACAACCUCAUGGGCUAUUUGUGAGCUGUAAUGGGUGAACUGCAGUCCCAUUUACAAAGAUGCCAUGACCAAUAGCUGGUGAUCUUCAACCUCAGUUCUUCACAUUAAAAUGUUCUGUCUUGCGUGUGGCUGGCUGACAGUAGCAGCCUUACAUGCCUGUCAUCAAUGGUUUUAGCUAUUGCUUUGAGAUACAUAGAUGUCUCUGAAAUUAGGCCAAGAGAACCUCCUAUGGCAAAUCUAUCACAAGACUGAACCUCAAGGCAUGUGCUGGAUAUUACCAAGAGGAUCAUGAUUUACUUCCAGUCCUCUCUCAAAAACAGAUCUGCCUCAGUCUCUAGCUAUAAAGUUUAUGCAAUGUAUGCUGUUCACAAAGGAAGACAAUUAGAAUGGACAGAGAACUAUAAUCUUUUGUCAGACCUGCAACAUCUUCACAUCGUUUUCAAACCGUGACAUCAUUGGAUCUGUGGCUACCCUCCCCUUUCUUUUAUUUCCCUAUGUAUUAAAAUGCAUAGGAUGUACAUAUAGUAAUACUGAUUUAUCAUCUGGUGUUGACAAGAUGAAAGCUCACUGCCUGCUGCAGUUCUCAUGUCGUAUAUUACACAGCAGUCCAUUUAGGGUCCAUUAAAGAAGAGAGUAGGAUUUUUUUCUAUUAGCAGACUUUCACAUUGUCAUUGUAUUAUAAAGGAAAGGUUCCCCACCCACCCAAAAAAAAAACCCCAAAAAACAAAACUGUAAUUGUUUAAUAAAGUUCUUGGUUCCAUAUAGCAAUAUGGGCAGCUAAAUCUUGUCGCAUUUAUAAAGAGAGCAGCAUUAAGAUGUUUUUGAUUGUGUAAGUGGAUGGCAGAUCUUUAAAAAUAAGCUUAUUUCUAUAUUUCAUUUGCCAACCAGGGUUUUCAAUUGGUUGCAACACUUGAUGGAGUGCUAUGUUCACAGUUUGGACAGAAAGUGUUCAAAUACCCAUGUUCAUUUGAACGAUUUGUUGAAAAAUAUUGUAAUAAAUUCAUCAAAAGACCUUACUUGCAGAGUUUCAUUUUUAACCAUGUAUGUUGAGCAUAUAUUUUAAAAAGAGAUUGUGCCCAGCUUUAAGUCAGUUUUAUGACUGAAUAGCUUAGUGUUAGAGAAUUGUGACUGCUUCAACCAUCACAAAGAACGAACUAUGGCAUCAUCUUUAGAUUUUGAAUUUCACUAACCAUGUAACAGCAACUCAUGACUGCAGCAUAACAGGUAUGGACAGUAAACGGAACCUUACGACUGAAGCAGCAAGGGUUUUUUAAAAAUUUAUUACUCCUGCCCACAUUCUCUCGUUUUGUCAUUGGGUGCAUGCAAGCUGUAAUUUUUCAGGAUUUGGGAUUUUGGCAAUAUCACUUCUGUAAGAUUAUAUUUUAAUAAGAACAUGUAUUUGUAAAAUAUCUAUUUACUUUUAAAAA